AAAUUUUGAUUUUCCGACUAAAUGGAGUUACCGUGCCAAUACAAAAAAAAUGGCCUUCGUUCUUCAUCCGCGGUGCAGCAGGUUGCUUCGUGGCACCGCGGAGGUGGCCCCCUACCAAAGACCAUCAGCCGUUUUCUUUGUUAGAAAUCCACAGCAGCGGCGUUAGCCUCAAGAACAAGUAUGAGCACAACUACGCCGGCUGCUAAACCGCCCGCAGGUGCCGUCACGAAGCUGGUUUCAGCCAUGAUGGGCACGAGUAAAAAGAACAGUGGCGACCCCCUGACCGCCAGUGGCGGGGGGGCGGACGGCGGUGGAGGGGAUAUCAAUGCCAACACUGCGGACAGUAUGGUGGAUGUUGAAAUCGCGCCGGGCGAGCACGCGCUGCGCCGUAUGGGCACGAAGGACGUGAAGCGCGAGCAGGAAGCUGAUAAAAUGAUGGAACGGGUCCUGAUCGAGAAGAAGGUGCUGCAGGUGGCCAAGGACCGCAUGGUGGAGCGGCUGGUGCUGGAACAAACCAUGGAGGAGGAGUUUAUCCGGUGCGUGCUCUUCUUCGUGGGGUUCAUGUCGUUUUUGAUGAUGCUGUACACCGCCUACCCGGCGGACGCAUUAUUACCCGUGCACGAAACCAUCUCCAACGCGUACAAUUUAGGCGACAUUUCCGACGUGGCUACGUUGGACGACGUGAAGGAGUUUUUGGCCACCAUGGCGAGGCAGAGUCGGUAUUUUUCGCCCGGGUCAAGGGACUACGUGUCCGACCCGCUGGGGCGGGCCUAUUUGCCGGAAGUGGUAAGAACCCCGCCGUUCUACCACGUGCGCGACGACAACCAGCCAAAAUUGACGAAAGAGUUCACUUUGACCGUGUGGCUGAAGACCUCCGUCCGGUACGAAACCAUCAUCACGAAGCGGAAAACCUCCGACGUCGGUGGGGGGUCGAAAACGUGCUACGACUUCAGCUUGGAAAACGUGCGGUACGGGCAGCACGAGACCGCGUCCUCCUCCAUGGUGAUCAACCCCUCCGCAGCGUCGAUCUACAAAACCGUGGACCAGCAGACGGAGUGGCGCCGGAGCACGCUGAAGUCGGAAAUGGAGGACGGGCAGUGGCACCAUUUGGCAAUUAUCGUGAACCAAACGCAUUUGGUUUAUGCCCACGACGUAUCAACUGCAAAAAUGUCUGGGUCUGGAAACUUGUAAUGCUGCGUUGGGAACAGUGAAUGCUCUGUCAUGCACCAUCAAGCAUGAGAAAUAUCUGCGCUUCUUUGUGUUGCGUUUUUCGCAUGACAAACUGCGUUUUUGUAUGACAGGCAAAAGGGUCUCUUGUUGGACACGCAUCGCAAACUUUUUGGUCAUGCCAGACACGCAUGACAAGUCUCGCACUCUUCCAGACCCAGACAUUUUUGCAGUUGAUACGACGCGGUGCUGCAGGCCGCGGUGAGUCUACCGCGCCCGAUCACAGACUGCCUCGGGGGGCAUAUCCCAAGUAAAAACGUCCCCACCCCAUAGUUGUCAUGCAGAUUUGCAAUGACAAACAAACUUGUGAUGCGCAUCCCCAUGAAAGGCAUUUGCAAUCGUGUUUUGAAAUUUGUGAUGCUGUAAACAGGAUGAGCAGCUGGGUUUGUAAUGCGGGUGACCUUGCUAACCUGCACUACACUACAGACGGCAAAUUGUCAUGCACUACAGCCAAAACUUCUGGAUUUGUGUUGCGAGAUCCCCAUCUUGACUCUGGGGUGGGGACGUUUUUACACAGGAUAGGGCACGUGGUGCUGGGCAGUGAGAAGACGGCCGGCGAACUGGUCUCCUUCCGCUGGUUUCCGCGGGUACUCACGGCGUCGGAGCUCGGGGACGCCAAGUCUGCGGGGAAACCCUUGGAGGAUCUGCUGGCCUCGUCCGGGGCGGAGGCACUGAUUCCGUCGGAUGUGCAGGUGGUGCAGAACCAGCUGGGCGGGCUCGGCGCGACCUCCACACGGCAGCACAACAGUCUCAUGCUGGAGGCCACGAACAACACGCGAAAGCUAAGUAUCAAUCUAUUGUUGCAUAAAGAACAAAAUCCUGGUGCCUUUUUUUACAUCUGACGCUUCCUUGUUGUGAAAAAAGCAAGGGAAGAUUUUAUUUCGAGUUGUUUGGGAUUGCUAUGUGUCGUGAGUGUUGUAGUGACAAGAAGUGCAUUGGCUUUGUCCCUCGAGUUGUGCAACAUCUGUAGCUAGAGUUCUUCAUUGUUCUGAUUCACAGGUAGCUUGUUGCUGAACACCCUUGCUUCAUCCUCGAGCACCUCUGCGUCGACCACACGCAGAAGGCGUUUGCAGGAGGAGGAAGAGGCAAGACGGAGGCUGCUCGCGGGCACCCCGAUACCCGAGAGCCAGAAGAAAAGGAACAAGCACCUGCGGUAUGGGGUCCAUGGCAACCGCGAACUCGCGGAGUACCGCUUUGUCGACGGAGGACAUCAAGUGGCCACAGUGGCAAAGCCAACAAGCCAUCCAAGCCAACUUCACGAGCCGCAGCAACGUCGGCUAACCGCGCCCGACCCGAACGCGGGGCAGAACCCUGGUCCGAGCAGCCCUGACCCAAACAACCCUGACCCAAACAACCAAAGUCCCGACCCGAAUGCAAAUCAAAGUCCCGACCCGAAUGCAAAACAAAGUCCCGACCCGAAUGCAAACCAAAGUCCCGACCCGAAUGCAAAUCAAAGUCCCGACCCAUACCAGAGCAGCCCGGGGAUGGCUGGCGCAAAGGAGGAAAGCGGGCCUCCAGUGAUCAUAAACGGGAACCUCCAGAUUUCGCUGGGAAUGGACCUCCCCGAGUCAGAAAUGACGCCGGAGAGUACGUUUGCGCAAGGCGUCUGCACCGCUGCCGUGCAGGCACUGGUGCAGAACGCGGCAGACACGGCCACAGCGGCAACGCAACUCCAGUGCAAAGUGCAGUCCAUGUAUUCAUUUUUUCGUAUCAUGUGCUCCUUUCUUGUUCCUACCUCUUCACGUGGUGAUUUUCAAAGUGGCUCGAGGUGGUGGUCUCUCAUCGUAAAAGAUAAACUGGGGCACUAUUUGCGGUAAAAAUUUGUUGUUUAACGAACUGUCGCAGUCCCUGCACUGGAUGAGCGCUAUUUUUUCCGGACUCAACUACAUUUCACUCUAAUACAGCGAAGCGGCACGACGCCGGGAACUGGCUGCAGACGACGCGGUGGACGCCUCUGCGGACACUCAAAUUGCUGAAAAACUCCGUAGACUGGCGAUGAAUAUCGUGGUCACGUACCAGAUUAACGUGCCUGGCUCUCUAACCCCGACGGUGAUGCCAAGCGUCGACCCCGCAAUGUUUGACAGCUCCUUUUCCUCGGCGCUCGCAACGGCCACAGGGUACACCGUGUCCAGCCUGGUCUCGGAGAACCAGCCCCAGCAGCAGUCCGCGCCCCAGGCCAUGGUGGACUUUUCGGCUUUUUUCUCCAGUCUGGACUUCAGCCAGGAGUCCACGUGCGGGAACACGAACACCACCUGGUGCUUGAGACACAUCGAGGGCGUGAUGGGCAUGCAGGUGGUGUUUCCCGACCUGGCCGAGGCGGUUGCCUCGCUGCAGGCGAGUUUGGCGGCCGGCAUUCCGCAGCCGACCUACAUGCCCUUUUGCGACGACUACAUCAUCAGCGACAGCGACACCCGCCUGGUGAACGCCGCGGACUGUUUGGCGCUGUUGCAGCAAUUUGCCUACCCGCUCAUGACAUGCUACAUGACGCGGGGCGUCACGAUGGUGGUGGACAACCCGGAUAAGCUGACGGACUGGAUUAUAUUCCGGUCCGUGAGCGACAACGACAAGCUGGCGAAUCCCCACGGGCCGCCGAAGUACAAUUGCGAGCAGGACGUGGCCGCGGCAAGCGGGCUGUCGAUCACUGACCUGUCCUGGUCCAACACGUACAACGGGUUCGACAAGUGGUUCGUCGGCGCGUUCCGGCGCGCGGAAAACCUGGCGUGCAAGUCGGGCGUCGCGCAGGUGUUGACGGACUGCCAGCGGCUGUGCGCGCAGUGCGGCGUGCAGUACUCACCGGUGGUGUCCCAGGUGCUCGACGCCGUCCAGGAGUGCGCCGACGCCGCGGGCUACACCGACUGGCAGGGCAACGGGUGCGCGUGGUACCACAAAAACGACCCCACCUGCACGCUGUACGCGGACACCGCGACCAGGUAUCAAAUGCAAAUAUGUCUGGGUCUGGAAGGAUGCAACUUGUGAUGCUACCUUUGGACUCUACAUAAAAUCUGUAUUGCAUCAACAGCAAAAGUGGCACAAUUUGCGCUACGCGGAGAGGGCAUUUCUCAUGCUGUAUGAGCAUCAAAAAGCUCUCGCAGAAUCUCUGACGCUAGGGCAUGCAUCACAGACCUCAUGGGUCAUGCAAAAUCUGCGUGAGAAACCCCUGCGUUCGUCCAGAGGACCCAGACAUAUUCGCAAUCCAUACCAGGGGCAACUGCACCAUGACCUGCAACACCUGCGGAAAGACGCACCUGAUGGUCAGCAAGUUCGACAUCACCACCGACGAAAACAUCGAGCCCAACGAACUGAACGCGCUGCUCGUCUCCACAAGGAAGGAGUCCAUGCGCGUCAGCUACCACGACCUCACCCGCGUCAUCGGCUGGCUCUGCUGCUACGAAAAGCUGCCCACCGCAUUCGUCGCCCAGAGUCCAGCCUGCCAAGGGCUGGCGAUGGGUAUAUUCAUACAAGCAUGAUCGUGGUCUUGACUUGAAGAUGGUGCCCCUCUGAUCGUGGUUUUUACUUUUUUGUGCACUUGUUUCUGCAUGCACAUGCAGUUGCAGUCCCAGUCGUCCCCUGCCUUGAGAUCGUUUUUGAAUCUGAGCUAGUAGCUCGUGUCUAUUCAAUCCUUUCAGGUAAGUUUGACGACGGUGUUGCGUACAAGUUGCUGAAGACGAUCGAGUUGACCUCGGCGAACGCACCCUGGUCAACCGCGAGCACGGCAAAGAAGAAGUGGACCGAGUGGGGGUUUGAGGCCAUGAUGAAGAAGUACAUGCCGGAGUUUUUUUACGACAGCCAGUACCAGGACUGGAAGUUGGAGGUUUUGGUCGACACCAUCUGGAAGGAGGAGUGCGUGAACGUGUACAGCGACCGGCAGAAGAUGGCGCUGCCUUUGCUGACCAACCCCACGAGUCCGCUGAACAUGCCGCUGCUGGAUUGUUUAACAGUUUUCGAGUCGUCCAUGACCCCGCGGGCCAGUUUGAUGCUGGGCCGGGCGAGCGACUCCGAGGUGGUCUACGGGUUCGCCUCGGACAUGUCCACCACCCAGAUGAAGAACGCGAACCUGGAGCGCAGCUGGCUUACCUUCGACCAGUGCUCGACGCACGCAAAUUGCACGUCCGUCUUCCCCUACGCCUGCCAGUACGUGGAGGACAGCAACAACCCGUUUGAGCUGUACCGCCCUGCGUGGAAGGACGGCACCGGGUACGCAAAUGGUGCUACGUGCGACCCCUACUCCACCACAAAAAGACAGCCGAUGUACUGCGCGAAGCGGUGUUUGACCGGCGGCUGCGGCGCCACGUCCGACGUGGUCUGGGGCGCGCAGGCACCCGCGAACUUCGGCUACUGCCAGCCCUGCAACGGGUGUUUGACCACCGAGACCUUCGACGGCAGCGCGUGUCCGAGCCACUGCCGCACUGGCAUGCCGGCGACGGUUACUCUCGCGGCGGGGGAGUUCACGGUGGAGGAGAAUCCGAACGCCAUCGGGGGGUUCACACUGGACGCGUGGGUGAAGAUGUUCAACUACCAGUUCGUGCUGAAAAAAACCAAAACGGUGUCGGGUCUGUACCCGAACCACCGGUGGAUGGGGUACGAGGUGUCGGAGGUUGCGGUCGCGAACGUGGACAAGUACUUUCCCGCGGCCUGCCGCGAAUUCGACGGCGUCUACGCCAGCACGAGUGGGGCCUUCGACUGGCGCAACGUGCAGAUGUUCCAGGCGCUGGAGCAUAAAAUCAACAAGCACCAGCUGGUGAUCUCGGUGGAGUUCGCCGUUUCCCAGUCGACCACCCCGCUCUGGAUCCUGCACGUUUCCUCCUCGUCCGGCGUCGCGCGAAAUCCCGAGUGCUACGGCCACUUCGGCGGCACUUCGGCGAAGGUUGUUUUUGGUUACAAGCACAGCACGUCGCACGGCCCCUUCAGUACCGGAAUCGCCGCCCCCGUGCAGCAGCAGCGCUCUGCGUCUAACGUGCUGUUUUUCCCAGCAAAAACACCCGCGGCGACCGGGUCGACGACCGAAGUCGGCGCGGGCAUCAGCUCCCUCCAGACGGCGUAUGCAAGCGACAUCAGCAUCCAGCCGCACAAGGGCGAACUGGCGUGCUUCCGCUUGGACUACAACCAGUUCUGCUUCCGGCAGAAGUGGUGGGAGGCCACGUGGACGUGCGUGUCGAACCCGUACGCCGGCCAGCUGCUCGGGGACGAGGACUGGCACCACUACGUCGUGGUGAAGCGGAGUUCCAUGAGCUACAAGAAGGCCAACGCGGACGGCGCACUGCACGACGUGGCCCGGACCGACAGUCUGGAGGUGUUCGUGGACGGGCAGGUGGCCUCGUCGCUGCCCGGACUCGAAGCCGGCACCAAUCCGGUCCCGAAGUGGGGCGCGGUGGACUGCGGGGGCGUGAUGAUGAGCAUAUCAAAUGUAGUAAAAAUGUCUGGGUCUGGAAGAGUGCAAACUUGUGAUGCGCAUUUCACAACACAUAAAAAUCUCUCAUGCAUAGGCAGCAAAAGGUACCCACUUUCUGUCACCAAAAUCGGGCAUUUGUGAUGCAGAUUCGGCAUUGCGGAAGCUUCUCCAAACCUGUGACGCUAGAGCUUCCAUGCCAGACCUUGCGUGUCAUGCAAAAGCAGCAUGACUCUUCCAGACCCAGACAUUUUUGCAUUUGAUAGAGCACGAGCCUGAUCAACUCGCCCACCAUGGACGGCGCUAAUGCCUUGGUGUACCAGAAUAUCGCCUGGAAUCAGGCCGACGUGGAGUACGCCACGACCGGCAACACCACCGCGGGGGUGGCCGCGGAUGUCACGGUGCGCACGUUCCGCGAGGACAUGGGCAAAAUGUUCCCGAUGACCGGGACGCUGCCUUUAGGUGGAAACAUGACCAUCACCGCCUUCACCUUCCCGGCCGUCGAGGUUCCGCGGAGCGGGUACGUGUGGAGCGCGAAGCUGGUGCUGUGCGCGGCGGAUUUAUUGGCCAACCUGCGGUACUGGCAGAUCGGGUGCACCAGCACCACGGAGAAGGCCGCGAAGGAAAGGGUGGAGCUGGAGAUUUUCGCGGUCGCCGCGUCCGUGAUAAGUUUGGACGACACGCAGAAGGUGUCGGAUCCCUGCUACUACCACAACCUGGCUCGAGGGACGAAAAAGGUCACGAUGACCGUGCAAGGAGCUUUAUGGCGGGAGAAGGCGGUGUUCCACCAGCCCAACGGCACCCGGAGUGCGAACUUCGUGCCGCGGUGGAACCCGGCGCUGGACUGCCAAGAGCAGUCGGUGGACAUCAUAUUACAGUGAAAAAUGCCCCCACCCCCAAAGUUGCAAUAAUUUGCGAUGCGAAGUUUCCAACUGAAAACUUUUUGUCAUGCAUGAAAGGAGCACGAAUCUUUCUGAUGCAGAGUCUCGGCGUUUAUAGCAUCGCUUGCAUGACGAUGACAGGCGCCGCAUCUGCUGGGAUCUUUUGCAAUACAAAUCUUUGCUAUUCAGGAUUGAAAACCUGUGAUGCUGAUAGAUGCAAGAGGGCGAGUGCUUCAUUUGGAAGGGUUUGCAAUGCAAAUGCUGUCAAGUUCUGGGUUGGGGGCAUUUUUCAUUGUAAUGCAUCAAAGAAGUGAUCGACGAGAUCACGAGCGACCCGGGUUGGACGUGGGGCCGGCAAAUGACUUUACUAGUUGCGGAGAAGGGCAUGAUUGACCAGACCUGUUCGGCGAGCCUGAUGAGCCAGGAGGUGGUGACCGGCGCGGACAUGGUGACGGCGUUGCAAAAGGCCUCGGUGAGCCCCUGCAAGACCAUUGAGGACAUCAAGAACAAGCUGAACGACCAUUUUCCGCUCUGGGUGGCACCCUUCGAGGACGCUUCGAACCAGGACAUGACGCCGGCGAUGCUGAACGUGGAGUGGUGUCUGAACAAGGAGUGCACUAGUCCCCACUUCAACGGCGCGGGUGCGGACGUGAAGUUUGGGGGCACCUCGGCCACGGCCACCACCACGCCACCGCCGACGACCCCACCACCGCCCAUGGGUGGUGGUCCCGGGGGGGGCCCAGGCGGUCCUCCACCCCCCAUGCCGAGGCGGAGUUUGGGGGAGCGAGAUCAUGAUGAGUACGACGACCAUAGUGCCCCACCUCGCGUUUUCUCGUCACCGCACGAGGCGUACGCUCUGCGCCGGCCCGACGACGAGUGGCCGCCAAGAAGUCAGGUGAUGUUCGUGCCGGAGAACGUCGUAGACCACGACGACUUUGUCCGGGAUCAAGCGCACCGGAGAACCGAGGAAGAGCAGGAGAUUGGGUAUAAUCAAGGCCGCUCCGUUGCCGCUCACGCAAGGGCUGCGGCCUCGCUCGCGAGCGAGAAGAUAGAGCAGAUGAGCGCGUUGGCGCGACCAGAAGGACAGCUGCCGGCCUUGCGGAAGGCCAAUGUGCGCACAACGAACGGAAUCACGCAUCAUCCCGAUACACGGGUUUUAGAAGACGCGGCUCGACGUGAAACGUCCGAUAAUUACAGUGUUGUCGACAGUUUUUUUAGAAGCCCUGAAGAUCUUUCGCCGGGGGUAGCGAUAGAAGCAAUUGGGAACAGCGGUAAACGACCUCGAAACAUUUUCGAAGAAUUGAACUUAGCAACCAGUGGGUACUACGACCAGGCUACUUCCGUCGAAAAGAAUGCAGGUUCUGUGCCCGCAGCCGUUCCAGUUGUGCUGCCAGCUCAUCAUGAAGACACUUUUUACGGGCCAACGGGGGCGUUGUCGGCUUGGGAUCAUGAAAGAGUGACUUCUUCGGAAAGUAGUACAUCAUCAAUCUCCGCCGGUGCAGCUGCACAACUACUUGCGGCCGAUAUUUCUCCAGUGCAGCGUCAGCUGACUUCGAACGGCACCAGUGCCACGAGCGCUACGCUUCUCGGUGUCCGCCCUGCGACGAGCGCGGUGACGUCCGGAACGCUGCAGCUCGCGGGGCUCCCGCGCGACGGCAAAAUGUACGGUCUGAAGUUCACGAACCGGGCCAUGAAAUCGUCCGAGGUGCAGUUCAACUUCUACAAGGACCGCGACACGGUGAACCAGCUGGCCGGGCCGGUGGACGUGAUCCUGCCGGUCGAAGGCAACGACGACGCCACGCUGGAAAUCGACCAGUUCCCGCAGGAGGUGGUCUCGAUUGUGCCGCCGGUUUUGUUGCAGUCCCGCACCGACUUCAAGCCGUGCACCGAACAGGUGCCCGGGCUGGCGCGGAACCUCCUCGCCUACUUCGAGGCGCAGGUGGAGCAAAAGUGCUCCCGGACCUACAACUGCGACUACCCGCAGGACUCCUCGCGCAGCGGCUUCGCCUGCAUCGAUCGCGAGGACGACAACUUGUCCACCGGGCGGUGGUUCAGCCGCGAGUCGUUGGAGGCGGAGGGGUUGAUGAUCCAGGGGUCCGUGUUCCCGGAGUUUUUGGACACGCUGACCAUCCCGACGGUGUACAAGGACCGGCAAAUUUUGUCCUCCGACUCCUACAUCGACAUGCGCACCAAGGAGGUCUCCGUGAUCAACGUGUUUCUGAAUUCCAAACUCCGCAGCGGCACGAUCUUGGAGGUGAAUUUCAAGUACGGCGGCCCGGGCAAGAUCGAGGCUCAGUACAAGAUGCUCUCCUCGAAGCAGAUGGACCCGGACACGCAGGCGACGUGGAGUGUGUGGGUCACCCUCGUCUACACGCUCUCGAUCCUGGACCUGUUCCUCCUUGCCCUGGGCACCAUCCAGACCUACCGCGAGCGGCAGAAGUGGAAGCACAACAUCGAGAUGGACGGGGCGAUCCCGUUGAACACGCCGGGCCGCGUGGACGUGUGGAAGCGGAUCGACUACGGCCUGCGGUCCGAGCUGCCGCUCUGGUCCGGGUGGGACGUGUUCGACGUGGCGCUGCGGAUCUUUAACCUGAUCUUCACCGUGAACCACUACAACCACUACUACUCCCCGAAGCUGGGCGUGGCGGGUGUGGAACGAGGCGAGUUCGAGGAGCUGCUGAACAAAAUUCUCGUGGUCCCCUGGCCCAGCGCGACGCUGCGGUACGAGGAGAAAGUCACCAUUUUCAUGCAGCAGCUGGCCAACUUCGCGGUAAUGCUGGACCAGGACUCCGCGAUCCGCACCACGGGGUAUCUGCUGGUUCUGCUUAUGUUCUUCCGCAUCGUGGCCUACCUGCGCGUGCACCCCCGCAUCGCGGUGCUGUACAAAACCAUCGAGGUGGCGCUGGAUGAUUUGUUCCACUUCUUCAUCGUCUUCGGCCUCCUCUACGCGGUGCUGGCCUUCAUCGGGGUCUGGAUGUUCGGGGCGAUCAAUCCGAAAUUCGCAUCCUUUAUGGACAGUUUCAUCACGCAGUUCGAGAUGCUGAUGGGCGAGUACCCCUGGCCGGAGUCCACGCUGGACCAAAACUUCGGGCUGUUCUUUUCCUACCUGAACAUCUACUCGCUCGUCGUGUUUUUUAUCCUUCUCAACUUCCUGCUCGCCAUCAUCGUCGACUCCUACGCGAGUGUGAAAGAGAUGGUGAACACCUGCGAGGUGGAGUGCAACAUUUUGACCGACAUCGUCGCGUUGCUCUGCUAUCCCUACAUGCGGGUGGUGUACCAGUGGCCGGAGCGCGGCGAGCUGAUCCGCAAAUUACUCGCUUUAGACGUGAACUUCGACUUCAUCAACGACGAGGAGGAGGAGGAGGACAGCGUCGCGGUGACGGAAUCUGCUUUAGUCCGCGGCAAGGUGUUCCCGAGCGCGGUGCGCGCGCGCCAGUUUCUCAACUACUACCUCUUCCUCGCCCCGGCCCUGGACGUGGACCGGGAGGAGGACGCCGGGGCGCUGGAGCACCAGCGGAAGCUGCGGGCUUUGCGGAACCUCGACAUCCUGCGCGAACGCCUCCUGGAGGCCGCGCUGAACAGCGGGCUGAUCGAGCUCUACCGGCCGCCGCCGUCCAAGCCGCCACUGGGGUCACAGUUGGAAACUUUGAAGUCCGAAGUGACGAACCAACUCGACGAAAUAUUACAGUGAAAAAUGCCCCCCACCCCUGAAAUUGCAAAAAUUUGUGACGCGAAGUUUGCAAAUGAAAACUUUUUGUCAUGCAUAAAAGGAGUAUGAAUCUUUCUGAUGCAGAGUCCAGGCGUGUAUCGCAUCGCUUGCAUGGCAAGCGCCGCUCUUGCUGGGGUCUUUUGCAAUACAAGUUUAUUCUAUUCACGACUGGAAACCUGUGAUGCUGAUAGAUGCAAGAGGGCGACUGCUUCAUUUGGAAAGGUUUGCAAUACAAAUGCUCCCAAGUUCGGGGGUGGGGGCAUUUUUCAUUGUAAUACGAAAUGUCGAAGGAAGCAACCUUGAUGGAGACUAAGCUGAAGAAACUCGAGGACGGCGGCUCGCUGGCCGUGCAGGAUGAGACGCAAAAGCGAAACGAACUCAUCAAGAAGGCGGUGGUGGGCGUGGCGAAACUGCACACCGACGAUGAGCAGAAGGAAGCCGCGGACAAGAUUUUCGGGCACUUCCUGAAACCCGGACCAGAAGCCAUGAAGGCGAGUCUCGCGGCGCUCAAAAAGGGGACGGGAAGAACGUCGCAAAAGGAAGACAAAGUAAACGAAGUCUGAGAGGAUGAAUGCUUUUGCUUGGUUUUCAGCCAAAAUUAUUUUUUCCAGGAACCAGCCUUAGCCUCGCUAUAUCGUAAAAAAUGUGUCUUGCUGCAGAAAGAAGAAUCUUAAAAAACCUUGUACACUUUUUGCUUUGAAUACUUGCGCCACCAGCUGUCGCACCUCAAUAAAAAGAAAGCAUCUCACUUCAUGGUCUAUGAAGAAAUUUUGUGUCACCCACCCUAAACUAGAUGAAUGAAAGAAACAUCUGAACAGACAUGUGAUACCGAAGUAGAAUUACAAGUUCCGUAUCACCGCUAGAGCAUUUGUCCAAGAGAACGGGAAGAAAAUGCUGAUUACUUUGCUGAAUGUCUAGAACAAGGCAUCCGCUUGAAAUUUUCUGCGAAAUGCAACAUUGCGGACUUCAAUAGUGUCAUUCUCGCACACCAAUUCCUGAAGCUGGGAUUUCCUACAAAGAUGAGAAUGAGUUGCUGCUGUUGCGGCUCAUCUUCCGUUUUUCGUGGCCUCUGGGCACUAACCUGAAG